AUGGAGCCGCUUCUUAUGCUCACGGCGCUCCUCCUUGUGCACGCGGUGGCUUUCCUGGUGUGCACGGCUGCUGCUCGUCGGCGGCACUCACAGUGCUACCUGCUGGACUACGUGUGCCAUAAGCCGUCUGACGACCGCAAGGUUAGCACGGAGGUCGCCGGCAAGGUGAUCGAGCGUAACAAGCGCCUCGGCAUCCCCGACUACCGGUUCCUCCUCCGUGUCAUCGUCCGCUCCGGCAUCGGCGAAGAGAGCUACUCCCCGCGCAACGUCCUUGAGCACCGCGAGGACUCGCCCACCCACCAGGACGCGCUGGAGGAGAUGGACGCCUUCUUCGACGAAGCCAUCGCUGCGCUCUUCCUCAGGACUGGCAUUGCGCCCCGCGACGUCGACGUGCUGGUCGUCAACGUCUCAAUGUUCUCCCCUGCGCCGUCGCUCGCCUCCAGGAUCGUGCACCGUUUCGGCAUGCGCGAGGAUGCCGCUACGUACAACCUUUCCGGCAUGGGUUGCAGCGCUGCCCUGGUGUCACUGGAUCUCGCGCGCAACGCGCUGCGGACGCGGCCGAUGUCGCUAGCUCUGGUGGUCUCGACGGAGUCCAUCGCCCCCAACUGGUACGCCGGCACCGACAGGUCCAUGAUGAUGAGUAACUGCCUCUUUCGCUGCGGAGGCUCCGCCGUGCUGCUCACCAAUGACCCGUCGUCGCUCCAGGGGCGUGCCAAGAUGGCUCUCCGCCACCUCGUGCGAGCAAACACUGCCGCGGACGACGUGGCGCACGGGUGCGCGCUGCAGCGUGAGGACGACAACGGGCGCGUGGGGAUGAGCCUCAGCAAGGCUUUGCCCAAGGCCGUCGUCCGGGUCAUGGCACUAAACCUGCGGCGCCUCACCCCGCGCGUCCUCCCCGUGUCCGAGAUCCUGCGGUUCGCCGCCAGCCACAUGUCCAAGAAGCUUCUAUCCCGCGUGCAUGUGAAGGCACACGGACGCCACAAGAUCAACUUCAAGACCGGCGUGGAGCACUUCUGCCUCCACCCCGGCGGCACCGCCGUAGUCGAGGCAGUGAAGGAGAGCUUCGGUCUAGACGAGGACGACGUGGAGCCUUCGCGGAUGACGCUGCACCGGUGGGGCAACACGUCUUCGAGCAGCCUCUGGUACGUCCUGUCCUACAUGGAGGCCAAGGGGAGGCUCAAGAGAGGGGACAGGGUGCUCAUGCUCACCUUUGGGUCGGGAUUCAAGUCCAACAGUUGCCUGUGGGAGGUGACCCGUGACAUGACUGACAAGGGCGCGUGGGCAGACUGCAUCGACCAAUACCCACCGGAGAGCAUCACCAACCCCUACAUGGAAAAGUACACAUGGGUCAACGAGGUCGAGGAUGUGGAGGUUUAGCAAUCUGCACGCACUUCAAUCUUGU